CACACUCUCAAUCUACUCCCAAUCACCUAUCCAUUCCGCAAUCCAUUGGUUCCAAUCAAUCCUCCACUUCAUCUAUCCAUCUAUCUACAAACAAUUACAUCACCAUGAAGAUCCUCACCAAAGAAGAAGAAGAUGCCCACUACCGCUCCGUCCUCAAAGGCGGCACCAUCGGCGGUGUUCUCGGUCUCCUCGGCGGCGCGGCCGGCGUCCUGCUGGCCCAAAAACGCUUCCCCACCAUCCGCAACCUCACCCUGCCCAUGAAAUCCUUCCUCGUGACCUCCUCCGGUACCUUCGUGGGUAUCAUCGCGGCCGACCACGCCUCCCGGGAUUUCGAAGCAUCCCGCAACGCCUCCCGCCAAUGGUACGAGAACCGGGAAGAGCGCCUCCGCCAGGAAGAGCUCUCGCAGUUGAGUUUCACGGACCGGGCGCUGCAGUGGGCGCGUCGCGAGAAGUAUAAGAUUGUGGGUGCGACGUGGGUGGCGAGUAUGGUGGGGAGUUUUGCCAUGGUAUCGAGGAAUAAGCAUUUGAGUGGGAGUCAGAAGAUUGUGCAGGCGCGUGUGUAUGCGCAGGGGCUGACGUUGGCGGUGUUGGUGGCCAGUGCGGCGUUUGAGAUUCAGGAGCGGAGGGUAAGGAGGGCUGGGUUGCUGGAGAAGGCGAAGGAGAAGAAGGAUGAGGGGGUGAAGAAGGUCGAGGAGGUCGUCGAGGGGGCGCAGGAGGGCGGUCAUGAGACCGGGGAUCUGUGGAAGGAUAUGGUGGCUGCUGAGGAGGAGCGGUUGAAGAAGAAGAAGAUGAGUUUGUCUGAGGCAGACUAUCAUGGGAACCAUGCGCAUGAGGUGAAGGAGGCUGCUCCGAAGGAGACUGCUCCUAAAGCGGAGAAGAAGGAGUAGAUGCUGGCUGUGUUGUGCUUAUAGACGUGGUUAGGCGGGUCUUGAUCACUGGUCUGUGUGUUUAUAUUCUGUUUGAUGGUUGGAUACACUCUUCUCUGGGGUAAUGUGUGGGCUUAGACGUUGGAAAAGUGUUUAGUUAUGAUUGAAUGCCGUGUACAUGUGCCUUAUAUGCUAUCGAUCUUGACACUGAAUCUAGUGGAGCUGUGGUUUGACCUUAUAGUGGAGCCAUUGAAAGUAUAAUAAGAGCAGUGCUCGUGACUCCUGAGUCGUGUUAUACUUU